UCCGGUUCCAUCCGGUUCUCCCACCGCCCCCGCCGCGGGUCCCCAGCAGCUCGGGCGGCGGGACGAGCGGCGGCCCCGGCGGCGUAGGUCUGGGAAGGUUCUCGCGCGCUCCGGCCCGCAGCGAACGCACGCGCCCCGCAUCCCCCCCGCGCCGCCACGAUGCCCAAGAGGAAGGUCAGCUCGGCCGAAGGGGCGGCGAAGGACGAGCCCAAGCGGAGGUCGGCCCGGCUGUCGGCGAAGCCCGCUCCCGCCAAGGUGGAACCCAAGCCCAAAAAGCCCGCGGGAAAGGAUAAAUCUUCUGACAAGAAAGUGCAAACAAAAGGAAAAAGGGGAGCAAAGGGCAAACAGGCUGAGGUAACCAGCCAGGAAACUAAAGAAGAUUUGCCUGCAGAAAAUGGAGAGACCAAGAAUGAGGAGAGUGCAGUCUCUGACGAAGCAGAGCAGGAAGCCAAGUCUGACUAACCAACACGACGCGUCUUCCCGGGCCAUCCCCCGUCUCCUGGCCCUGUCCCCGACCCCCGUCUUGUACAAUCCAGAGGAGUAUUUUUAUCAACUAUUUUGUAAAUGCAAGUUUUUUAGUAGCUCUAGAAACAUUUUUAAAAAGGAGGGAAUCCCACCUCAUCCCAUUUUUUAAGUGUAAAUGAUUUUUUUUAAGAAGUGAAAUCAUUUGCUGGUUGUUUAUUUUUUGGUACAACCAGAAAACAGUGGGCUAUUGUAUUAUGGGAGGCCUCGGCGGUCUCAGUGCCGGCUUAACAUAACAUUCCAUAGGUGGGGGGGUUAGUUUUCUAUCCUGCAAUACAAAGCAUAGUAAAUGGCAAUUUUGGAGUCGCAGUUGUGCAUUUUAUGUCUUGAAUAUUUGAAAUUCUAGUUCCUUGUUGUUUUCUGGUAGAACUGUUUUCCUGAAGAAAACCACUCCUUGAUCUUUUCUGUCAGAACUCUGUGCUCUGUCACACCUCUGCUCGUGGUAGUCCAGUUUUCCUAAUUGUUGCUGUGCUGUGAAUGAUGGAGAAUGUGGGUGUGUUGUGCACACGCUGUGACGUGGUGACGUGGUGGAAGUUAGGUAACGGGACCAACAUUUGGAAUAUGGGUACUUGGCUUCCUCUAAAGGAAAAUGUGCUUGCAGGUUUGAAGCUGGAAUGUCACUGGAACACUUUCCCAAACAGCUCAUGGCCUGUGACUUUUGGUACGUGUGCUAAGAAUUGUGUACAAAUUGAACUGUCUGUGUACUGAUCCUUGACACAACCAAUAAAAUCACAGUUAUGAAAA